AGUUAAACUGGGAACAGAGGAAAAUCUAAAUUUUCCCAGGUAAGAGAAAGAAAGAAAGGAAAAGAAAAUAUGGUUUUUUCGUAGACAUUUCCUAAAGUCAUAUCUUCACCUGUGUAGAGUGAAUGAGGGGACCCUUUUGGGAUAAAGAAUCGCCCAAAGGCUCCCUUCGCUACAACAGUGGGUGGGGCGGUCUGUUUUUGUACCUGUCUAUCUAUUCUCUCCCUUUCUUGCUUAUUUGUUUAUUAACGAAAGCUUUCUCUAUAAAUAAAUACAACUAGUGCAUAGCUGAUGAUUGAGAUUCUCCACCACCACCACACAAACUUACCCUCUUCUUCUUCUUCUUCUUCUUCUUCUUCUGCACAGAAAAGAUAGACAGAGAUAAGAGUGGAAUUAAUUUGCAUGUUUUUUUAGGUUGUAUGGGCUGUUGCUGUUAGUUAACUUUGCAACCCCGUACAUACAUAUCUCUCAUUCCUCUUCUUUUUCUCUCCGUGUCACCUGUUAUACCAACAACAGGCCUUUCCUCUUUCCUUAUCAUCAUCAUCAUUUCCAACAUCAAGAAAUGUAUUUCCAUUAACAUUAGUAACCAUACCAGCAGUUGUAUUGAAAGCAUUCAAGAAAUCCCAUAUCAAUUCUUACGCUAACAGAACUAACCAUUUUUCUUGAUGGCUUCAUUGUUCUUCAUUAGUCUGACGUUUCUCUCUUUUCUUAAAGGUGCUACAUGUGCAACAUUCACACUAAUUAACAAAUGCGACUACACUGUAUGGCCUGGAAUCUUAGGCAGUCCAAAACUAGACAGCACAGGCUUUGAGCUCCCAAAAGGCAGCUCUCGUUCAUUUCAAGCUCCAACCGGCUGGUCGGGUCGUUUUUGGGGCCGAACUGGCUGCACUUUCGACACCUCCGGGCAUGGUUCUUGCUCCACUGCGGACUGUGGCUCGAGCCAACUUGAAUGCAACGGAAACAGCGCUGCUCCGCCGGCCACUUUAGCUGAAUUCACACUUGGCUCUGGUUCACAAGAUUUUUAUGAUGUUAGCCUUGUUGAUGGCUAUAACUUGCCUAUGCUUGUUGAAGUGAAUGGUGGCUCUGGCGAGUGUGCUUCUACGGGCUGUGUGGCUGACCUCAAUAGGAAGUGCCCUACUGAGCUCAGAGUUGAAGGCGGAGGUGCUUGCCGGAGUGCUUGUGAGGCUUUUGGUAAUCCUGAGUACUGUUGCAGUGGCGCGUACAGUUCACCUUCUACUUGUAAACCUUCUACAUAUUCUCAAGUUUUCAAGAGCGCCUGUCCGAAAUCUUACAGUUAUGCCUUUGAUGAUGCUUCAAGUACUUUUACGUGUACUGGUGCUGAUUAUACCAUCACAUUUUGCCCUAGUUUGCCCAGUCUAAAAUCUGCAAGUGAUUCAUCUCCAAAGACAACAGAUCAGACAGGGCCAGGAACAGAAGAAGGGCUUGCAGGGUCUACCAAUUCAGAGUCAGGGGAAGUAGAGGAAGCUGCACUAGCAAGUUCAUGGCUAGCAAGUUUAGCAACUGGAGCUUCAACAAGAACCCACCAUCCUUUUUCACUUGUUCAACUUGCAUUAGUUUUGGCCACAUCUCUCAUCCUUUGCUACAUACAUUUGUAGCUAGCUAGCUAAUGUUAAAAUUCUCUCUCAUCUCUUGUCACUAGCUAAUUGAUGAUCACUUUUCCAGUGGUGGAAACUUUGAGAGAAUUGAUAAUUGAAAAAGGGAGAAAAAGGAAUCAAGAACAUGGGGACCAACAGUUAUGAAAGCUUGACCAAAUCAAGAUUUGUGAAAGACCCACUUCCAAAUCUUGCACAUUUAAUGUUUAACACAGCAUAUUAAUUAUGUAAAGCAUAUUUUUAAUUUAGAAAGAGAAUAUAUUUGUCUUUUAGUAAA